AACCUCGCUCUAUCCCAACUCCCGUAAGUCCCAACUCCCAUCUCAGCUCAGAAGUCAGAACGCAGAUGUGUUAGAGAGAGAUUCACAAGUAGUAUCAUGAGCCGCAAUCGCAAGCGGGACAGGUCCUACCCCUCGCGCCACGUGCCGACCUCGUCGCUUGCCAAGCGGCGGCGUCCGACGCCUCGUCGAGAGGUAGACGAGGAGAUCGUGGACAAGCCGAUACAGAAGCCAGCGCCGGCGCCGGCGCUGCUGGUGACGGGGCUGCCCAGGGACUGCUCGGUGCUGGACGUGAAGUCGCGGUUUGAGAUCUACGGUUCGAUCUCCCGCAUCCGCAUCGACCGCGAUGGUUCCGCCUACAUCAUGUACCGCGCCAAGGACUCCGCCCAAGCCGCUUUUGCCGCUGCCCUCGACCCCUCUUUCGCCAUCACCGUUGAUUCCCAAAAAGUAGAGGUGAUGUGGGCAACCGAUCCUCUUGCCCAGUGGAGGGAAGGAGUUGGGCUCGGUGCUAACAGGGAUAAUGGUUCGUCGUCUUCCAGGCUUUUGCGGGCUGAGGUACCUCUGAGCAGACAUGGACGAGGUAAUAAGCUUGCUUCAGCUAUAGUGAGCCCCAAAAGUGAUAAUGAUGGUCCUUCUAGUGCUUUACAAGUGCCUUUCAGGGGCAGAGAAAUCGUUGCUUAUGAUGACAUCCUGUAAUUAUAGGAUUAGGUUUAGCUAUAUAUAUAGAAUUUUUAUGUAGGCCUGAAGCUGCUUGAAAGAAAUCAGUGAAAGCUGUUGGAUGUGGCUUUUAGUUUUAUGAUAUUUUCAUGUUGCUUCUGAGUCGUCCUGUCUAAUUUAUGGCUCUCUUUUUUUUGUGUGUGUAUUUGGUUAUGUAAUUGUCCCGAUUUCAAAAUUGGAUCUGAAUGUGGUUUGCAUGGCUGUUAAGUUUUCACCUUAGUGCAGAUUUUCUCCGCAUUUGUGAUAUGAAUGUCUUAUAUAUAUGGCGUGUACUUGUAUUCAUUGAGAGUGAUUCCAUAGUUCAGCAA